UUUGCGCGACGUUUCAUGUUUUCGCGCUUUGAUUCGUACUGAUUUUAAUCAUAAUUUUGUCCACUGUUCUGACUUAAUCUUAUAUACUACUAAAGUUUAGUAUGUUAAAAGCAGAAAAGACAUUAAGAAUGAGUAUGAAAUUUCAGUGAGCUCCGAUAAAACGAAAAUGGUACGACGGAAAGGUGAAGCAAGAUCAAGCAGAAGUCGAACCUCACGUGAAACACCCAGUAAAAGCAAAAUCAUAUACAGAAGGCGACAUGUUUUACAAGACAUCAAGUACUUGAGGAAAACUGUACAGUUACUUAUACCAAAAUCUGUUUUUAUGCGUGUAAUUAGACAGAUUAUUUCGGACCUGUUUCCUAAUUCAGGUGUUGUUAGAAUACAGGCAAGUGCAUUGGAAGCGUUGCAAGAGGCAACAGAAGCAUACAUUGUGCAGUUCUUUGAAGAUUGCACACUAUUAUCAAUGCACGCCAAACGAAUAACUUUACAAGUCCAUGAUAUGAGGCUUCUACGACGCCUCAGGGGAAGAAGUGACAUUGUCAACAAAUAAAAUAUUUUUAUACCUAUCUUGACAAUGCAGAAAUUUAACAUAUUUUAUAGUCCUUGACUGUGACAUGUCAUGUUGCUUACUUUGAUGUUAUUGUUGUGUAAGAUAUGUGCUAUCAAGGCUGCAGUAUCAAUGAUAUUUUUUAAAUAUAAAUAAUGAUAACUGUAUUGGAGUUGUAUGGCUCAAUAAGUAAGUAAUAAAUUAUUUUCUAUCUUCA